GAUGACCUAAACGCUAAGUGAGGUCUUUAACGAUAAGUCGAGAGUUUCACUUACCUCAACUCCCUCAACCCGAUAACUGAAGCCAAAAUGGCCACAGUCUCAGCUUCUUCAGCUCUACAUUCAUCUUUCAUAGCCAAACCUCGCACUUACCGACCAACCUCCACUCGUUUUUUCACAAUUCCCAUGAGAAUUCACCAGUUUCAGACCAAGUUGACCUUGAAGAGUGGCAACAGGAAGUGGGGUUUUAAUGGAAUGAGAAGUUUGAGGUCAGGGGAAGAGGAAGGAGCUCUAGUUACUGAACAAGAAAGCGAAGCAGUACCAGAACAAGAACAAGGAGAAGAAACAGUUGUUGCUUCUGAGGAACAACAGCCUGUUGCUGUUCCUGUCUCUCCUUCAGAUAAGCUCACCAUGUACUUCCAGGCAGAUGGAACUAUGAAUGAAAUGUCUAUUCCUAAUGUGACAAAGGCCUUAGAGGGAAUUGAGGGGAUUACAGAUUUAAAGGUUCAAGUCCUUGAGGGUAUUGCCACCGUCGAGUUGAAGAAACAAACAACAGUACAAGCGACAGGUGUGGCGGCCAGUUUGAUUGAGACCAUACAGGGUUCAGGCUUCAAGUUACAGACAUUGAAUUUGAGUUUUGAGGAGGAAGAGGAGGUAGAGGAGGUUCUUGUCUAGAUAUUACACUAUGAUCUGUCAAAAUUAAAUGAUGGAGAGGAGAGAGGUUAUCUUUUAUUUUUCCCUCAAAAUCUUGGAAUUAGACUAUUUGUGAGGCAUAUUCUUGAGAGAAACUGUAUUUUCACCUACUGUUUCCACCAAUGCAAUUGUUUGUAUUUUCUAUAAAAGUCAUUGGUUUUUUUAUCGCA